UUACUCAGACGACGAUGGCUAGCAACUGAAGAAUCUACCAGAUCGAAGAGCUGGUAGAUGGAGCAAAACAACUUAGCACCCGCACCAGUGCGGGUGUGCGGGGAGGCCACUCCUCCUCUCAAAACUAUGCCAGAUUCUUGUGCUGUGGAAGGAUGUGGUAAAACGCGGUGUGCGGAUUCACUUGCUGAUGAAAAUUUGACAUUCUUCAAAAUCAACAACAAACAUCGAGAAGCGACAAGGGAACAUUGGAUCCAAUUUUGCCAUAAGCCACCGAACUGGCUUCCCAAUACCGCCGCAAGCAUAUGCAGCCGCCACUUUCGACCCGAAUUUGUUAUUCCCGGAUCGAAACGCUGUGGACUGCUUUUAAAGAAUGGAGCCGUUCCAACGGAAAAUAGUUAUGAUCCGAAUACCAACAAUGUCAAGCGCAGUAGAAGGACGCCUCGAAAGGGGGCUGAGGCGUGCGAUGUCGAAGCCAAGAGUGGACAGCAAUCCACUCCACCGAUGCUUUCUAGUUACGGUUGCGAAGAAGCCAGCUUAGCGUGUCAUCACGGUAGCGAUGUGACCAUCCGUGAUGUGCAGAUUGCACUGCCAUUCAUGGCGCUUCCCGUUGGAUGGAGUACGGCGUGUCACGUUGGCGAUCAGGGCAGGAUCCGAUUUUAUUUAGUUGAUCUGGAAACGGAGGAACCUAUAAAAACGUUGGCGGUGUUGGGAGACGAUAGCAUGAAGAUCCGCGUUGUUGUCCGCGGAAGACAGUACACCGGAAACCGAUUCCCGAGUUUUGUGAAGAGCGUCGAACAUCUGGCUGUCACGCUGAAGAGUUUGGACCAGGCGCCUAUGUGCUCCGUUAUGCCAGUGUACCCGAGUGCGAACUGCUGGUGCCCGCGGAAUUCUCUGCACGAGCGACGUUCUGCAGGGUCUGUCGGCUGCGGCGACAUGCGGAAAGUCAGCUUAGGAAUCGCGAAAAGAGGCGUAGAGAGAAAUUACUUGAAAAAGCCGCUGCUCGUGUACUCCGGCAACCCGCACGCAAGAAAAAGAAGGUAACAAUCUUAGCGGAAAGCGAAGAUGUCGCAGAUAAUGUGACUUGUGAAGAAAAUAUCACAGAUAAUCUGACUUGUGACGAAUACAUGUAAUCAGUUUGCUCACUUUCGAUUUUUCUCUGCUCAUUCUGCGAAUAUCGCACAUGUGGCAUCUUUGCCAUAAUAAAUGUUAGCCAAUUAGUGGUCAGUUACUUACUACACUCUGUAUGUCCUGGUGCUACUCCACCUAUUUUCAUGGAUUAUGAUCUCUAAAUCAAAACAAAGUAUGUAAAUAAAACCAUGGGAAUAUGAUAGCGAUGCUAGUUUUUAGGUAACGUUAUGAGUGAGAAAUAGUGGUAAGAAUGUGCACGGGUUUACUAUAAUCGACUCAGAUUUAAUAAUUAUAUUAUACAGUACUUUAUUAAAAACACUAAAGUGACAUUUCCUACGGAAAUAGCUCCGUCAGGCCUGGAUGGGAAAGGGAAAUAAUCGGGAUAAACGGGAAC